AUGCCCAACAUACCUCUCAAACUCGAUCUCCUUCACGCAACCAUCAAGGACUUGCAACAAGUUUUGAACGCCGGUGAAUGUACCAGCGUAGAUUUAAUCGAGGCGUAUCUGGCUGCUAUCGAGAACAACAAUCACACCGGUCUGAAGCUCCACGCAGUGAUCGAGACGGCGCCGAAAGAAAAGCUUCUUCAGAUCGCGCAAGAGCUAGACGACCAAAGGCGGGCUGGAACAAUCCUCGGGCAUUUACACGGAAUCCCUUUGUUGGUCAAAGAUGUCAUUGGGACCGCUGACGAAUUGGGGAUGAAGACGACUGCGGGCAGUUACGCAUUAGUCGACUCGGUGGUCAAAGAAGAUGCGGCGGUAGUGAAGCUUUUGCGACAGAAUGGGGCAAUCAUACUAGGGAAAACGAAUAUGACCGAAUGGUCCAGUUUCCGUCAGGAAGGCAACAUGGAAGAAGGGUUCGAAAGCGGAUGGCGAAAGAUGAAGAGCAACGGAUGGAGCGCUCGUGGCGGCACCUGUGUUUCUGCUUACAACCCGCAGAGGAAUCCGCUCGGCAAUAGCACCGGAAGUGCAGUAGCGGUUUCAGCCGGGUUCGCCCCUGCAGCAUUAGGAACCGAGACUUUGGGGUCACUGUGCGCGCCUGCAGAUGCUGCCGGCUUAUUUGCUCUUAAGCCUACCACUGGCAUGAUCAGUAUGGCCGGGACCAUCCCGUUCGUCAGUUCUCGGGACGUCAUCGGUCCAAUGGCCAAAUGCGCCCAUGAUGUAGCGCUCUUGUUACAGAUCAUGGCGGCGUCCGGUUCAGAUCUCACUACUAACCGAUAUCCAGACAAGCGAGGAGAGAUUGAAUACAUCAAAUAUGUGGAGAACGCUACAUUUAGAGGGAAGAAGCUUGGGUUUUAUCCUUGGGAACCGGAGAGCUUCGCGACUAGGGCCGAAACUGAGUACAAAAAGAAACUUUUCGCUCAAGCCGCUGCGACCCUAUGCACUCAUGGAGCAACUGUCAUUGAGAGCAUAGAAGCUAUCCCAUUUGAUGCCUCGGCCUACUUUGGCAUGGAGAGCCUAGUCAUGGGUACGGAUGUCAAGGUAAACCUCAACAGGUAUCUUGCUGCGUUGCCCAACACUUCCGUUCGAAGCCUGGCUGAUGUCAUCCAAUACAACAUCGAUCACGAGGAUGUAGAAAUGCCAUCUGAUCAGCCUGGGCAGCUCCAGUUCUUGAGAGCUGAAGCAACGAACGGACAGGAAAAUCCAGAAUACCUCAAAGCAGUGCAAAAAGUGGAGCAGGCCGCCGAUAAUGAGGGGCUGAAAGCCUUGUUUGAUACCUACAACUUGGACGCCUUGAUCUGCACCCUUGCAGAUUCUACAACCGUUCCCAUUGUGUUGGCGUCUGCAGCCAAAUACCCUAUCAUCACCCUGCCCCUGGGGUAUGACGAGACAAUCCAGGAGCCAGUCAGCAUGUACAUUGUUGGGCGGCCCUGGAGUGAAGGACUUCUCCUGGAGAUCAUGGCUGCUUGGGAGGUUGUCUUUCCCCCUCGACGAGCGCCGCCAGCUCUCGAGAUGACGGGAGCGCAGACCUUCUAG